AUUAUGUCUGAAUAUUUUAGAAAGUAUAUUAAAAAGGAACAUUACCCAAGUCAUUAGUAAUUAUAAAGAUAUAUGCUUUUAGUUCAAACUUAAAAUUUAAAACUUCAUUUAGGAACUGCAUUUUAGAAGUAAGCAUAACAAAUAAUGAAAGGCUUUGAAAAGAAGGUAAUGGAAAGAAGUAGAAGGAGAUGAUUGGGAUAUAAUGUGGGCUGAAAAAGAAUGGAUUCAUGAGGUUAUGGAUCACACUCAUUUGCAGCCGAAUCAAAAAAUUAAUCAUUUUCGAAAUCAUUACGAAGUAUUUUCAAUGACCCUAUCAAUAGUUAACAAGAAAAGAUUUGAUGAUCAAGAACUUAAAAAGAUAUAAGAAAAAUUUAGAAAGGGAAGGAAAAACUGAGGAAGCUAAUAAGUAAUCUAGUUAAUUUACAUCUUCAGUUAUAAUUUCUUUCCUCAAACCUUUCAUCUUCCUAGCGAGUAUCCAAUAUUUUGUGAAGAGUUCAAACGAUAAUCCUAGAAUGGUGAAUCGAAAACCCCCUGGAUUAUGAAACCUGUAUUUAAAAAAUUAAAAUUAGAUUGGUAAAUCUUAAGGUAAAGGAAUAUUUAUUUUCAAUAAAAUACAAUCGAUAUCUCAGUGGAAAAACACACUUCGUUUUAAUCAAGAAGCAUAAUAAGCAGAGGCUUAUAUUGUUUAAAAAUAUAUAGCAGAUCCUCUCUUGAUAGGAGGUAAAAAAUUCGACAUGAGAAUAUAUUUACUAUGUACAUCUUACUAGCCUUUAACAUUAUAUCUAUAUAGAACUGGCUUCGCUAGAUUUACUCAUCAUCGUUAUGAUAAUGAGGACAUCUCCAACACAUGUAAAGAUCAAUUCAUUAAUCAUAGAUGUUCAUUUGACCAAUGUAGCCAUUUAAAAAACAUCUGACAAUUAUGAUGAGAAACUAGGAGGUAAAUGGAAUUUAUAAACUCUUAAAUUAUUUUUAAUGACUAAAUUUGGAUAGGAGAAAGUUGCCGAAACUUUUUAUAAUAUUUAGAUGUUAAUGAUUAGGUCAUUACAAGCUGUGUAAAAAAUUAUAAUUAAUGAUAAACAUUGUUUUGAACUGUACGGAUUUGAUAUUUUACUUGAUGCCACUCUCAAGCCUUGGCUUUUAGAGGUAAAUGCAAGGUAUGUAGAUACUUUAUAAACUAUAGUCCAUCAAUGACAUCUAAUACUCCUAUUGACUUUGAAUUGAAAUGUGGACUUUUAGAUGAUGUUUUUACUAUUAUUGAUUUGGAGAAGGUAUUGACUGGGAAUGAAGAACAAAUUGGUGGCUUUGAUUUAGUCUGUAGAGGAACCCCUAUUAAAUUACCAAUUAAUAGCACUUUUACUACUUAUUUAGGUUCCUUUAAUAACAGAUAAUAAUAAUUAAAGAAAAUCGCUAAAUCUACAGCCAUUAGAUUAGCACAAAUAUACUAAGAAACUCAAGCAAAAGCUAUUGACAAUGGUUAGAAAAGUUAAAAGGAAAAAGAUGAUAAAGAAAAAUAGUAGAGAAGUACAUCGAAAGGGCCUCAAACCAUACAAGUAAAUUGGAAUAAUAUAUUAGAAUGGAGUCAACAAUAAAUUAGGAAUGCAACCUAAAUAAAAUUCGAUGAUCAAAAGAAAUGGCACUAACUUGCCUGCUUUAGGUACUGUUUAAAAUAAGAACACUGUCAAAAGAUAACCGUUAUAAAAUGCAGUUUAACUUUAACCCGCUUAGGUAUAGCCUCUGAAUUCCAACAAGAAGUAAUCAACAUUUAUAAUUCAUAGAAUAAAUCAGAGUGAGGAAUAAAUACUGACGGUAAAUUAAAAACUUUAAUAACUUACAUAAGAUAAAUAGUUGUCCACUUUCUAACCUUAUAAAUAAUAAUCACAAUACAAUGAUGUUAUGGGAAUGAGCAAUAGGAACAUAUAAAGAGACGAAGAAUGA